AUGGCUUCGACUGUUGACGAUUCCAUGCCCGCGCGCAUACCAAAAGACUGCCCUGACGACGUACGCGAUGUCCUUUACACCGCAUGGAGCCACGAUCUAAGUGAUCUGAAAAAGAUUCUCAAGACACGAGACGAUGCAAGCAAGGCACAAGAUCCCACAACGGGCGAGACACCGCUCCAUGCGGCGAUUCGUGCUUGUGGCGUUAGGGAGCCUUCGACCAGGAAAGACGACGAAAAUGCGGCCUCUGAAGACGAGGAUGACGAAGACGAUGGCCCAGUGGGAGAAGCCAAAGAGACUAUGGAGGCACUGUUCAAUGCCGGUGCGAUCUGGAACGACGUGGACUCCAACAACGAAACACCAGGUUGUGUCGCUUUGCGGUUGGGCAGAAAGGGGUUGUAUAGACUCUGCGUAGAUGCAGGGUUUCGAGCAGAACUUCUCCUAGCCGUACUUGACGAGUACGAGGAGUUGCCAUCAGAGGAAGAAGAUGCCGGGGACGAUGAUGCAGAGGAGGAAAAGACAGAUGCCAACGACCAGGAUGAAGAAUUGGCCGGCGUUGAGACUCAUGCCUCAGAGCAAGUCGAGGCUGCAGCGGCAAAUGCGCGCUUCUUUCCUCCCGAUGCAGAUGAAAAGAACAUCAUGAGCCAAGACUACCUUAAAUCGAAUCUGACCUACGACGGCGACAAGCUACUGGAUGCCGACCUGAACGGUGUAAUGAUGGCCUGGGAAACGGACAUUAUGGAGAAGUCCGUACAGGCGCUGCUCCCAGGGCAAGCAACCGGAAAGAGGAUACUGAACAUUGGGUUCGGCAUGGGCAUCAUCGACGGCAUGUUCGCGGCACGCAAUCCAGCAAAACACCACAUCAUUGAAGCGCAUCCUGCCGUUCUGGAGCACAUCGCCAAGCCAGAGUCAAAGUUUGGUGCAAAGUGGGAAGAAUCCGGACCUGAGCCGGGGGCCUUCAAAGUCCACAAAGGGCGAUGGCAAGACGUGGUGCCCACGCUGAUGGACGAAGGCGAAGUUUACGAUGCCAUCUACUUUGACACGUUUGGCGAGGACUACUCUGAACUGCGGAGGUUCUUCACAGACAUGAUACCCGGCAUCCUUGACUUCGAAGGUCGCUUCAGCUUCUUCAACGGCCUGGGUGCGGAUAGACAGGUAUGCUACGAUGUCUACCGUCACGUGCUGGAGGUGCACACAGAGGAGGCUGGGCUGGACAUUGAGUGGAAUGUCCAUGAUGUGGAUAUGGGUCAACUGGACGCAGCUGGGAAAGGAGAUUGGGAGGGUGUUCGUCGUCGCUACUGGACUCUCAAGAAGUACUGGCUGCCUACGCUCACGAAUAUGGGAUAG